AUGACCAUUCGGUCGACAGCUAGAUCUUCUACUGGGUGCUACACGUGUAAACGCAGGAAGAAGAAAUGCGAUGAGCAAAAGCCUCGUUGCCUCAGAUGCACUAGUGGUGGCUAUCAAUGCGGAGGAUACCCGACGUUUGAGAACAGAAUACGGCAAGUCACGUUCGGUCCGGCCGCAAAUACGGGCCCGAAGCAGUCAUCUAAUGGUCCGGGGCCCUCGACAUCUACUAUAGCACCGGUAUUUUCUCCAAACAGAGAGUUUGAACUAGCCGCCUUAUCGAACUUGUCCGACGGCGCCUCAUCUGGUUUAUCAGAAGGCUAUCGGGCUCCGAUUAGGGAUUUCCAACCCAACAGCCGGACCCCGGUGGUCGAGUCUGUCGUAUCACAGGAGCCGUCUUCGAAACUGACUUCCUAUCCGGACAAUGAUGAGUUCGUAACUACAGAUACGAUUAACAGCGAUCCCAGAGCCCUCGGUCUCUACCGGGAACAGCCUUCCUUGGAGCCGCCACUUGGCUCGUCCUCGAGUUUACCUUCAUCCUCAAGGCCCCUGCGCGAUUCGUCUAUUACAGACUCUGACUCUUCCAUCGCCUCGACUUCCGAGCAAACAAGUCUACCCAACUCCGUGUUUAGCCUCGCUCACCCAGACGGACAAAGUCCCAAACUAGCUGAAACGGGUCCAAACAGUAAGCCCAUUGGUCUCCCGGACGGACCGAGUUGGCCAUCUAUAUUGUGGGGCGAAGACGAGGACUCAGCAGCGAAUGAUGACGAUGACGACCCUGAAGGCAUCAGAGCCAUCAUUUGUAGAUCGCCCACGCCUGAUCCCAACACUCGAAGCAAUGCACUGCCGUUCGUACUCCAAGCCUACGCCCAUUGGGUGAAGUUUGUCGCCUUCGAACCCUUGAAAGUUGCGAGCAUGAUCAGAGAAGGCGUGUUCAUGCAGUUUGCAAGCUCACCUGAAGUUCGAACAAGGAUAUGUCUGAUUGCGAAUGUCAUCGGCAGGCUAAGCAAUGUUCCAGAGCUUGGUCACAGGGAGAUGUCGAUUGUGGGGAUGCUUCGAACUCAGGCUCACCAGCACAUCGAAGACUUCCACUCCGAAGGACCUGCCGUUGAACGGGCGAGAGACAUGCAGAACGCACAUAGGGUGCUGGACAGCAUGAUGGAGAUAGUUUUGAUUGAUCGAUACUCGAGCCCUCUGUCCAACAUAGUCGCGCUUAUGAAGGCUGCUGCGCCAGUAUUUCGGCGGGCUUGCCCAGAGUCUUCCAAUCAGCUCGUCAACCUACCGAACAUACUCACCUCACCCGGGCUGAAUCUUCAACACUUUGCAGCAACCGAUGUGAUCGUAAGUCUUGCUACAGCACGACCAAUGCUCUUCAAGUACGAUGUCAAGUGCACACCCGAGACGUAUGCUCAGCUACUCAAAGGGGACUAUGGACUUCGUUGGCUGCAUGGAGCACCCGACCACUUCAUUGUCUUGGUGGCCUGGAUAAAUGCGCUAUAUGAAGAGUAUGGGACUAACGUGGACCCUAUGUACAUAACUGAGAUCGAGAGUCAAACACGGAGCACAAACAUCAAGAUGGACCCCGCAUCUGAGGCCAUCCUCCUCGUUCUGAGGCUUGCGGUACAAGAAUGUUGGCGCCAAGCAGUUUUAGUUUAUCUAUAUACGAUUCUAUGCGGGGCUCAAGCUGACGACCCGAGGGUUAUGAGAGCCGUGAGAUCUUUUGUGUAUAUAUUCGAUGGCGUAAAGCCUGGAAGAAACCCUGACUCUUUCUUAUCCAUUCCAAUUAUGACGGUCGGAUGCUUCGCGCACCCACCGGUGUUUCCUCCAAAAAGCGAGUUUGAACUAGCCACCUUAUCGAACUCAUCCGACGGCACCUCAUCUGGUUUAUCAGAAGGCUAUCAGGCUCGGAUCAGGGAUUUCCAACCUGACAGCCAGACACCAGUGGUCCAGUCCGUCGUAUCACAGGAGUCAUCUUCGAAACCGACUUCGAAUUCCUACCCAGAUAAUGAUCAAUUCGUAGUUACAGAUAUGUUUGAAAGCCAUUGCAGAGUUCUCAGUCUCUACCAGGACCAACCUUUCUUGGAAUCGUCAUUUGGUUUGUCCUCGAAAUCCCUGCGCGGUUCAUCCGGAUCCAUUACAGACUCCGACUCUUCCAUCGCCUCGACCUCCAGGCAAGCAGGUCUACCCAACUCCUUGUUCAGCCUUGUUCGCUCAGACAACCAUAGCGCUAAAAUAAUCGAAACGGAGCCAAAUAGUCAGCCCAUUGGUCUCCCGGACGGACCGAGUUGGCCAACUAUACUGUGGCACGAAGAUGAUGACUCAAUAGUAAAUGGUGGCAACGAUGAUCCUGAGGGAAUCAGAGCCAUUGUUUGUAGGUCACCCACGCUUGAUCCUAACACUCGGAGCAACGCAUUACCAUUCGUACUCCAAGCCUACACUCAUUGGGUGAAAUUUGUCGCGUUCGAGCCCUUGAAGGUUGCAGGCAUAAUUAGAGAAGGCGUGAUCAUGCAGUUUGCAAGCUCACCUGAAGUUCGAACAAGGAUAUGCCUGAUUGCGAAUGUCAUCGGCAGGCUGAGCAAGAGCCCAGAGCUUGGUCACAGGGAGAUGUCGAUUGUGGGGAUGCUUCGAACUCAGGCUCACCAGCACAUCGAAGACUUCCACUCCGAAGGACCUGCUAUCGAACGCGCAAGAGACAUGCAGAACGCACAUGGGGCGCUGGAUAGCAUGAUGGAGAUGGUCUUGAUUCAGCGGUACUCGAGCCCUCUGUCCAACAUAGUCGCGCUUAUGAAGGCUGCUGCGCCAGUGUUUCGACGAGCUUGCCCAGAGCCUUCCGAUCAGCUCGUGAACCUACCGAACAUACUCACCUCACCCGGGCUGAAUCUUCAACACUUUGCAGCAACCGACGUGCUCAUAAGCGUUGCCACAGCACGACCAAUGCUCUUCAAGUACGAUGUCAAGUGUACACCCGAGACGUAUGGUCAGUUACUCAAAGGGGACUAUGGCCUUCGAUGGCUACACGGAGCACCGGACCAUUUUAUCGUGCUGCUGGCCUGGAUAAAUGCGCUAUAUGAAGAGUAUGGGACCAACGUGGACCCUAUGUACAUAGCCGAGAUCGAGAAUCAAGUGCGGAGCACAGACACCAAACUAGGUUUUGUGUCCGAUGCUAUCCUCCUUGUUCUAAGGGUUGCAUUACAAGAAUGCUGGCGCCAUGCAGUUCUUAUUUAUCUAUAUACAGUCCUGUGCGGAGCUCAAGCUGAUGACCUGAGGGUCACGAGAGCCGUGAGGUCUUUCGUGCAUGUAGUCGAUGGUCUCAAGCCUGGGAGAAAUCCCGACUCCUUCUUAAUGAUUCCAAUUAUGACGGCUGGAUGCUUUGCGCACCGUGAGCACGAUCGUAACAUACUUCGUCAACGUAUAAUGGGCCUCCGAGAGUCCAGCAACCACGGCACUGCUAACCAUGAAAGCCUACGAGUGCUGGAGGACGUUUGGGCAAGAACUCGAGCUGAAGAUCGACCAGCAGUCUGGUCGGAUCUGAGGUUGGCGCAAUCGAAAAUUGCGAGGUUAUAA